AUGCCAGCGUCUAUCGUGCCGAACAACCCUUCGAUGACAACAUGGAAAUACAUGUGUCGUAUGACCUUACCCUUGAUCUUGAACUUGAACUUCAUUCACAGUCCCCAUAUCCUCACUCCCAUCUUCCCCUACCACUCAUUCUGUCCACCACCCAGCCCAUCCUCGAUCCUUGUCGUUUUCCUUCAUCUCACCAUCAUGACUGGUAACAGGAAAGACCAAUCUAUCAGGCUUGAAAUCAUCAGCAGCAAAAAUAUCAAAGUCCCUUCCGAGCGUAUUCCCGCUGGCAUUUACAUAUCCCUCAAUGUCGAUCCUAGGAGACGCUGGAAAUCAACCAUCGGAGUUCUAUCAUCAAACGAAUCUGUAGCGUGGGAACACUCGACGCAUCACCCAAUUCCUACUGGUCGUAUGGGCAUCCUUCGAGCUCGAUCGAAUGCUAGGCAAUGGGGAAGUCGUUGGAAAACUAGAAAUGACACGCUCGUAGUCCCGUCCUUCCCACGCGUUCAUGGUGUCCGCCCUUCCCUCACCCUAAAGGCCACUGUUUUACGCCCAGAGGAGACGAGGAAGGAAUUGCAAGUCCUCUUGCGAACAGUAUGGGACGAGGUCAUGCUACCCAUCGUCAUCGUCUUCCAGCGUGAUCUCACAGUAACGGGCCGCUCUCGGAUCUGGCUGUGUCCGACUGCAGCCUUCACGUUCAUUCCUCUCCACGCAACUCAUCCCUCUCGAGCGAAGGCAGACAGACAUGAUGAAGACACGUCCUUCGCUGCAAUUGGACAAAGUAAACCGGGUGCGGGGCAAGGCGAGGCGCUCUUGACUAUCGACAACGAGCUUGAGCUCGUCCCCACGACGGCCAACCCUACCACUCUCUCUGGCAACGACGCCACGCGAGCAGGUGCACUCGACGCUUUGCAACGCAAUACUUGGGUGCACCUCGCUUGUCAUGGAAAGCAGGACCGCAAGCAGCCUUAUAACUCAAGUUUCGCCAUGAGAGACAAACCUCUGACGCUGCUUGAUAUCAUGGAGAACGACACUCCGCAUGCUGAGUUCGCGUUCUUGUCGGUGUGUCAUACUGCUGUUGGAGAUGAGGAGACACCUGACGAAGUCAUCCACCUCGUAGCUGGACUCCGGUUUUCGGAAUGCAAAAGCGUCAUUAGCGCUCUGUGGGUGGUCGACGAUACUGUCGCAAAACACGUUGAAGCUUUCUAUGAGAAUAUGUUCAAGGAUUUUGAGGAUAGUAGUGUCACGGACUAUUAAUAUAACGAAAACCUUUUCUAUAUAUCAUCAUAUAUGACGAUAUCUGCGGCUCACCAGUCCUCUGAUGCCGGCCACAUUACCGCAUUAGCCUGACACCCGAUUUCAAUGAUAUCAUUCUCGUGUGCACUGUGAUGUCUGUCAGCCUCUCUCGAGGUUGACAGUGGUAAGGACUAGCUAUCUAUAUAAACAUGAAAAGUUCGUUCUGAUUUCUCAAGAUCCCCCACCAUGAAUCAAGAACAAGCCGGUAUUCGAGGUCUCCGCUUACAGUCAUAUGUACACCCUCUCGCCGCCCUCCCUCACGAUGAUAUAGGGUUCCAAAACGACAUUAUCUCGAUCUUUUUCGACAUGGUCGUAAUUUGCUUUGUAUCGGCUACAGGAAUAACGAUUGCUUCCCCGUUCGACCUACCUAUGAAAUGGAAGAUGUUGUGCGCCGGUAUGAUAGCAGCUGUCCUUCUAUAUGGAAUAUCGCGG